UCAAACCUAAAACGACGAAAAAGUGUUUUGGAGGAAGUGCGUCUCUUUAGCAACAGCCGAACCCGAGUAUUGGCCUUCUGCGUGAUGGACAACACGUAAAUAAAUAAAUCACCUCUGCGGUCGCUACAUUGUAUCAUUAGCACGCUGCUGUUUGUAGAAUAAAAAGUAGAAACCAACUGUCGUGGCUUGGAAUGGCCAGCGGCGGUGGAUUGGCGUCGAACCAAAGCGGUCCGGAGGCUCCUUCUAACUCGGUACAAUGCGGAGCAGCAGCGGCUUUGUGCAACAUGCCAGCCUCCGCUCCCGCGCCGUCCGCCUCUCCGCCGGGCCUCGGCCUUCAGCGGGAGCCCGUCUACAACUGGCAGGCGACGAAGAGCUCCCUGAAGGAGCGUUUCGCUUUCCUCUUCAACAACGAGCUGCUCAGCGACGUCAGGUUCAUUGUGGGGAAAGGCAGGCAGGCCCAGAGGAUACCUGCCCAUAAGUUCGUCCUGGCCGCUGGCAGCGCCGUCUUUGAUGCCAUGUUCAACGGAGGGAUGGCGACCACUUCGGCUGAAAUAGAGCUCCCUGAUGUGGAGCCAGUAGCAUUCCUGGCCCUGCUCAGGUUUCUAUAUUCAGAUGAGGUCCAUAUUGGUCCAGAGACGGUGAUGACGACUCUGUACACGGCAAAGAAAUAUGCAGUUCCAGCCCUGGAGGGUCACUGUGUGGAUUUCCUCACCAAGCAUCUCAGAGCUGACAACGCCUUUAUGCUUCUCACCCAGGCGAGGUUAUUUGAUGAACCUCAGCUUGCCACUCUCUGCUUGGACACUAUUGACAAAAGCACUGCAGACGCAAUACACGCAGAGGGCUUCACUGAUAUUGACCUUGAUACUUUGUGUGCAGUGUUGGAGCGAGACACACUCAGCAUCAGGGAGAAUCGUCUGUUCGAAGCAGUGGUCCGCUGGGCAGAGGCAGAGUGUUACAGACAACAGCUUUCCCCAACCUCGGAGAACAAGCACCAAGUUCUGGGGAAAGCGCUCCCGCUGAUCCGCUUCCCGCUCAUGACCGUUGAAGAGUUCGCAGCUGGGCCUGCCCAGUCUGGAAUAUUGUUCGAUCGGGAGGUGGUAAAUCUGUUUUUACACUUUACAGUAAACCCCAAACCACGGGUCGACUACAUUGACAGGCCUCGCUGCUGCCUCAGGGGGGAGGAGUGUAGCAUUAAUAGAUUCCAGCAGGUUGAGAGUCGGUGGGGGUACAGCGGCACCAGCGACAGAAUCAGAUUUAAUGUAAACAGAAGAAUAUCCAUCGUGGGUUUUGGCUUAUAUGGUUCGAUACAUGGACCCACUGACUAUCAGGUCAACAUACAGAUCUUGGAGAGCGACAAACGCAUCACGCGGGGCCAGAACGACACCGGUUUCAGCUGCGACGGCUCAGGAAACACUUUCCGGGUGAUGUUUAAAGAGCCUGUGGAGAUCCUGCCCAACAUCAGCUACACUGCAUGUGCCACCUUAAAGGGUCCAGACUCGCAUUACGGCACUAAAGGGUUGAAGAAAGUGACCCAGGAAUCAACAACUGGGACCAAAAUUACAUUUCUGUUUUUUAGCUCUCCUGGAAACAACAACGGCACGUCGGUAGAGGACGGGCAGAUACCCGAGAUCAUCUACUACAUAUGAACUUUACAUGUUGUCAUGCAGGUACAAAGAACCGGGGAGACCUCAGACUACUGGGAAGACUGGACUGCUAUGAAUGAAUGCAGUGCUUCGGGAUCCCCUGGUGUGUGUGUGUGUGUGUGUGUGUGUGAGAGAGAGAAUCUCUACAUACAUAAAUGUGCAACUCUGCAACAAAAAUGUUUUUUUCUUCUUUGGCCUAAGAACUUGUUUUUUUGUUGUAAGUUGUCUGAAUAGUUGUCUGAAUACGGAUGUUCUGUCCGUGUUACUGAGCUGCAGAAGUUGCACAGAUAAAACCAAGACAGCAACACAACCUUCAUCGAGGCCAACUCACUGUCUGUUUGUGCUGUUGCAUAUUUUUAAUGUGCACUGUUGUACUUUAUAAAACACGUGUCUUCAAGUACUUUUUCUCUGUGUUGUACAAAGGCUCCCUAUGCUUAAAUUUGCCAGUAGUUCAUUCUGUAACUUAUUACUCAAUGUUUACUUAGCACUUCACUAAAAUGUAAUACAGGAAAAAAAAAUGUUCUGAGACAUUCAUGGGUAAAUCAAACAGGAAUUAGUUUAUUUUUUAGCAAUAAAAUGUGCUGAGACCAAA